ACUCAAAAUAUACAAGCUAAAAUACAAUAGAGGUAGAUGGUUCUAUGGUUAGGUGAGCACACAGCAAAUGAGAAAUACACAAGCAGCCUUUUAGACAGCAGACAGUCCAUCUUGCAUUGUUUGAUCUCCCACCAACCCCCAAACCACUUGCUUACCUUAUUUUAAUAUCCAUCUUUUUAUCUGCUACAAUUUGCUCUAUUUAGCUGAAUUUAUUGGUUUCUUGCCUACCCAUCUCUCCAGAUUAUACUCUGAAAAAAAUGGGUGGUGAUAGCAAGGUUUUUACUCUGUCCCAGGUCUCCAAGCACAACAAUCCUAAAGAUUGUUGGUUGAUCAUUGAGGGCAAGGUUUAUGAUGUGACAAAGUUCUUGGAGGAACAUCCGGGCGGUGAUGAUGUUUUGUUAUCAGUCACAGCAAAAGAUGCAACAGAUGAUUUUGAGGAUAUUGGACACAGUAGCACAGCCAAGGCAAUGCUUGAUGAAUUUUAUAUCGGGGACAUCGAUACAGCAACCAUUUCCUCAACGACAACAUACACUCCUCCUAAGCAGCCUCACUACAAUCAGGACAAAACAAAAGAGUUCGUCAUCAAGAUGCUCCAGUUCUUAGUUCCAGUUAUCUUCUUAUGUGUGGCUGUCGGCAUCCGCUUUUAUGCUAAACCAGCUGAAUGAUCAAAGCGUUACACGAAGAGGCAUCCAUUUACGCGUGAUUCAAUUUUUUUAGUCGAAACGAAUUGGAACCCCAUCUGAACUAUAUAAGGUACGGGGUUUAUCAAAAUUUGAACUAUAAAUCUUCUUAGAGCACAAAAUUGGUCUGUUACUCUGUUCUGUCAAAUAAUAAUGCAGUAGAUCAAGGGCAUACAGUACUGUACCAGCAUUUUAUGGGCUUAGCUCUUUACAUCUCAAAUUGGUCCCUUAAUUUA